AUGGAAGUGGUCUACUUGCUGAUAUUUCAAUGUUGUGUGUCCCUUUAUUUUGUCAGUUGUAGACAACAAAUACCAGACGAACCGGAUUAUAGUAAAAUAGAAUAUGGUGGAAUAUUACACAGAAUAGAUGAGAAAGUUUCAAGUGAAGACAAGGACUAUGUGGCAGUUAUUGAAUUUUCCUACAUCUUUGCAAAGCAAAGGUUCCCUUGGUCGGUGCCAACUUUCCUGAACCAAACUAAAACCUCUGAUAUCCAGAAACUGGAGUUGGUGUAUUCUAUUGAUGAAGAAAAUCCCCUCUACCAGGAAGACUUGCUAAAAGAUGGACAUGAUGGAGUGUCACCUCUACAUCUCAUUCUUUUUGGAUUUCUUUACAAGUUCACACUUUACUGGGAGAAACAGGAGACAGGCUUUAUUCAUCAAUUUGCAGUGUCCAUGUUUCCAAAAGAAGUCUUCAGUAUUUACUCUCACACAUAUUUUGAUCUCCAGUCACACACAGAAGGAUUACCACCAUCAAUGCCCUGUGGAACAAGUCCACAACCGAUGAAUUGCCAAUCAGAUGUCUUGUUACAAAAAGAUGAAGGUAGUCAGGAAUAUUUUCAUAAGGAUGCUAGCCAUUGGCUAAAAGAUUCUGAUAAAAUGUCAGGAUCUGGUAUCAACUUCAAGAAGGAACAUCCAUCAAAACAUGAUUUUACAGUGAUGAGCUUCAACACAUGGAACAUGAAUUCAUUAUCAGGAAAGGAUAAACAUUAUGUGAAAAGAAUUGAAUAUUUUGGAGAGGUGGUUACUAGAAGUACACCAGAUAUUAUAGGUUUCCAGGAAGUCCGCUAUGAGUACUCCAAGGGGGGACAACUUGGUCCAAAUCAGGUUCAACAUCUUGCAGACAUGCUGGAGGGAUAUCAGUUUGUAUUUCAACCUGGCCAACUGCAGCCGAACAGUUUGUAUGAGGGUCGCACAGAGGAGGGAGUGGCCAUCUUCUCCAAGUAUCCCAUCAUGUCAGUCAACCAUUUACUUCUUUUCAGGAACAGAAGCAAUAGUGCUGACUCUCAUCAAAGAGUAUGUCUGCAUGCAGUCAUCUCUCAUCCUUCAGGAAUACAGAUCAAUAUUUUAAAUACUCAUCUCUCCCUGAGUCAUGAAGCCAGGGAGAAAUCAGUUGUUGCAAUAUGGCAAUAUGCUGAAAAACUCCAGGGACCAGUCAUUUUUAUGGGAGAUCUGAAUGCAGAACCUGAUGAACCUGCUAUCAGAUUUUUACGAGGAGAGGUUUCCCUUGAAAAUCAACGACCUACAGAUUUUGUAGAUGUUUGGCUGGAGCUUCAUGGCCAGGAGACUCCCGGUCUUACCUAUAACACACUGAAGAAUGAGCUGUCCAAGCGUAUUGAUUACAUCUUUGUAAAGAAGUCUAAAGAUAUACAGAUUGCUGAAGUUACGACACCAGAUGACAAAAAAAGAGGACACAAAGCUGCUUCAGACCAUCUACCAGUGUUUGCCAAUUUUACUCUGUUUACUGCCAACACACGACCAUGGUCCUGAAUGUAUUCACCAUACAGUUGAUGCGUAAUUAGACAUUUUCAGUGUCAACCAUAUUAGAAGCUAUUUGUCUUCUUACUGGCAACCAUAUUAGAUCAGAUUGUCGGGUUUUUAAUUUUCAUUUCAAGCUGUGGAUCACAAUAAAUAUCUGGGGUAGCUGUGAGUACUGUUUUUACCUGAAGGUGGAUAUGCUAAGUGUUGUGUCCAUUACUUACAAUGUACAUAUGUAUUUGUGGGUUUGCAAUACUGUUUAAUACUAUGAAAUGUGGUCAUUUUUGAGGGGUCACUUUUUGACUGUUUUUAGGAGGGAAUGAAAUCAUGAAAACAGACUUCAAAAUAAAAUUAAUAAAGGAAAAAAAGAUAUUGCUUCCAUGAAAAAUAUAUUCAUUUUGCUUGAAUCAUUUGAUAACACUCUAUAAAAUGAAAAAAAAACAAAAACAAAAAACUUUACAUUGUCUGGUGGGAGAGAAAGUAAUAUUUCUUUUUUGUUUUAGGUAAUUUUAUGGCACUUCAGUGUUACAAAACGUACAAAUGAUUGAACGAAAAUACAAACAUUCCACUUUAACAUUGAGUUAAUUGAAUUUGAAUGAUAUCUUCACCCACAACCAGUUUUUACUAUUAUCUUGAUGUAUUUUAAAAAUGUUUUUUUUUAAAUUUGUUAUUACAUAUACAGAC